UAUCUGUACGACUGCACCUAAUAUUAUAUUAUAGUGUACCUACUAUACAUUUAAAAAAAUUCAAAUAGGCUACACUAUAGUUAUCACUACAAUAUACAUUUCUAACGGAUAAUUUAGUACCUACUUAACCCAGAUAAAUUACAUUUCGCUGCGAAUAAACACCUAACCAAAUAGUUCAUAGAUUUAUUUACAUGCAUGGUUUUAAAAUCAUGAAACGUUAUAAACCUGUAGUGUGUGUUUGUUAGAUAUAUAAUUACUAGUUGAUGUAUUGUGUACGUGAUCACAGUAGUUUUCACUGAUGGAUAUAAUGUAUAGUUUACAGAAAAUUAUUAUUGUUUUAUAUUUAAUUCACUUUAACUUGUGCCACGGCAACAAUUGGCAUUACUCGUUGUCUUCGGUCUACGAACUGUUCAACUUGGAAGUCGAACAUAUAAUUGCAACGGAAAAGUACAUACAAAAUGAGUAUAAUAGAUUAGAAAACAUUAGAAGGUUUAUAGAGCAACGAAAGAAACAAAACGAAAAAGAGCUCGCAGAGUCGUACACGGAGAGCUCCAUAAAUGCGUUCAAAACCAUUCUACGAAUUAAAAGUGAUUGGGAAACAUUAAAAAACAAAACUGCACAAACAACUGUGAUCGGGGAAUUCAAAGAUAAAUCAGUGACCUAUGAUAACAUUGUCAGUGGAUUAAAAGCUAUAAGGAGGUUACAGAUUAUCUACGAACUUGAUGCUCACGAAAUAUCGAAUGGAAACAUUGGUGGCCACCCAACUAAACCGUUUGAUGUUAACGAUUGCUAUGAUAUGGCAUCUUUGUGUUACGAUAAUGCCGAAUAUCAUUGUGCAUACUGGUGGUUUGUCGAAGUCUACGAUAAAAACAAUAAAGAGGGUAAUGAAUUAAAAGUUGAUUACAGCACAUUCAUAACAAAAUUUGCCUGGUCGAGUUACUUAGUUGGUAACAUUGACCGUGCGUUGGAUAUAUUAAACAAGUAUAUCGAAGAAACUAACGAAACUAACGAUAAUAUCCUGAAUAUGCAGUUCACAAUAUGGGUCGGAAAGACCGUUUUUAAGCGCAACACGGCCUACGAUCAAGAUAAAAAGUUCUACUCGUAUUCACUUCAAAAACUAGAUUCAGAGGAAGAAGUCAGUGAUUUCAAAACUGCGUGUCUGAAUACAAUGGAUUUCAAAUACUUUGAAUUGAAAUGUCGUUAUUAUCAUGGAGGUCGUAAAUAUUUGAUGAUUGGUCCAUUACGUGAAGAAAUUGUAUCUGUAAUACCAAGCAUGAUGCUGUAUCAUAACGUUCUGUUCGACGACGAAAUAAAGAAAAUAAAAGAAUUGGCUAAACCUAAGCUGGAAAGAUUGUCGAUCGAUACAAACGAAGAUAUAUCCCUUAGAAAAGUGGCAUCGUUUAGGGAACACAAUGAUCCAGUAUUUGAGACAAUUCACCAUAGACUUGCUCAGAUUUCUUCAAAGCCCACGACAAAAAUUGUGGACAAAUACGUUGUUACUAAUUACGGUAUCGGCGGACAUUACUUACCGCACUCUGAAUACAUAGACGAUGACCAUUUGAUCAACAGCAAAGGAAGAGACGCCAUAGUCAUUAUACAUAUGGACGACGUGCCAGAAGGAGGUGCCACGGUGUUGCCCGAUAUAGAAGUACGUGUGCCAAGCACUAAAGGCUCAGCACUAGUCAUACACAAUACGAUGGACACUUUCUCACCGGUAGAAGAAUUAUUACAAUUUGCACAGUACGGCUCUUGUCCAAUAGUUUACGGUGACAAAUGGACGUUGACAGUAUGGAUAAAUGAUUGAAGAACGCAUACUAAACGUGUCGCAGACCGCAGUAAUGUAUUAGUAGACUAUAAUUACAAUAAAUUAUGUUCUUCGUGAAAUUCUACAUCGACGGAGUAACAAGAAAAUUAGAAAUAACGUACCUAUAGUAGAUACUUAUAUAAUAUAAAUAUAAUAUGUUAAAGGUAUUUUUAUUAUUAUUUUGUAUUUUAAUAUAGAUGACAUAUUUAUAACGAAUUAGAUGGUAAUUACUAAUUAAAUGUCAAAAACUCAAAAUUAUUUGUUGAUAAACUGUUUAUAAGUGUGAAGUACGUGGUGUCUGUAUAAUAUCUACAUUUUUGUUGUACCUAUAAUAUGUGUAUAACUGUAUGUUUAUUGUUUAGAUGUUUAUAGCUGGUUUCCAAAAAAAUGUAACAAUCUAUUAGUUCAAAUAAAGUUAUCAAUAUACAAAAUAAACCAAAACCAUAAGUGA